AUGGGCUUAUCAGCCAGUCCGUACGCCACCGAGCUUCACGCCGCCGUCCUUUCCGGUCGAAUCCUCGCCGUCCGUAGAUUCAUCGACCGCGGCGCGCGCGUGACGGCGCGCGACAAGAUUGAUCGCACCCCUCUGCACUGGGCGGUCGCUGUGGGCCUCGAAGACAUCGCGAAGAUCCUCCUUAUAAGCACUCCUCCGCGCUCCUUAAAAGCCGGUGAUAAGUACGGCCGAACGGUCCUUCACUACGCCGCAGCGUCGGGAAAUGUUUCUCUUGCCCGCGUGAUGAUCAACCGCGGCGCGUCGGUGAACGCGGAAGAUCAACGGCUGGUAACGCCGCUCCAUCUGGCGGCGGAGCAGGUGAAUCCUGAGAUGGUGCAGCUCCUGCUGGGCCACGGCGCGCUGUGCGGGGCGGCGGACGCGGAAGGGCGGAACCCGCGGGAUUACGCGGAGCGGGUGGGCAGCGCGCACUGCGCGCGUCUGUUGCGUGAGGCGGAGGAAAGGACGGUGGAUCGUUCGGCUGCGAAAGCUACGGCGGUGGUGGCAGCUUAUGAUUCGAAGGAGAAUACAGGGGGAUUAAGGGAGGGUGAGACAGGUGCAUUGUUAACAUCAUCACACGCGAACGCAGCAGCUGCUUCUGCAAGUCCUGCCGGUUCCGAUGCUCCCUCGCAGCUUCGGGUUCCGAUGGCGAACCUGGCGAACGUACCUGCAGCAGAUACGGCGACGAGGGGCAGUCGGAUGGGAGCAGACCCGCUUAAAGCAGCAGCACGGGAAGGUGACUUGACGGUUGUUGAGAAUCUAAACAAUCUGCAGACGUGUGGAAGGCUCCCAGUUUGCGGAGGAGUGGCAGAGGAGAGGCGAUUGGCUGCAGGGGGGAUCUCUUCCGAGGCUAGUUUCCGCGAUUCUGUGCCGCCUGAGUGUGCUGGGAGGUUGGGUGCAGGGGAGGAGGGAUUCAGCAGGAGUGGUUUUGUAGGCGUGCGGUGUGGGGAAAAGCCGAGCGCGGGCUGGGACGAAGGCUGGGCAACACCGUUCUCAAGCUUUGUUGUGGGGUUUACAGUGAAGGGAGUGCAAUAA